CUCACGGUAAAUUUCAAGUGGAAGUUUUGAGUGAUUUUUGUAACCAAAUCUGUGGACUGUUAUCAUAUACGAAAUUCAGGAGCUAGUGUUAAGAUGUUACCGGCAAGUGGCAUCAGCGCUGGUGCUAUAGCAGGUACUAGCAAUUCCACCAUCACACUUCCGGGAGCUAAUUCUAUUGAAAAUGGUCAAACUGUUUAUAUCGUCGAAAGUACUUCACCCCCCCAAGCCAUAGUACCGCCACAGAAUGCAUCGAAACUUUUACUCAGCAGCGUUGUGAGCAUGGCUGCUAAUUCUCGGAUUAAAGCGGAACCUCAUCGCGAAACGGAUUGUCCUUCUUGUGAGGCUUGCAGAUCACGGCUGCAAAAACUAGACGAACUUGAGAUUAAACAGGCGGAGCUGGAAAUGAUGCUGCAGAUCUACCAAAAAAAGCUCGACUUAUCGAAGCGGCUCUUGGACGAAUACCACACAAAAGAGAAGACAUUUCUUGACAACAUAGGAAAAAUUUUCAACGGGGACCAAAUUGUCCGUAUUCUGACGGGACAUUGCCAGAAGCGACGCGGCGGUUCAAGCUGGGAUGAUGGAACAUUGAAGAAGGCCGCAAAGCUUUACUUUCUUUGUUCACCACAGGGCUACCAAGAGAUUCUUCACUUAAAGAUGCCUCUACCCAGUAGUCACACGUUGCAAAAUGUUAUCCAGAAAGGCCGCCCCCAACCACUGAGCCCCAAAACGUCAGUGUUUGAUCCUUUUGCUAGUACCAGCGACUUGAGUUCGUCUAUCGCGCUUGUUCGUCGUGGAAUUGUUCAACAAAACCGGCAAAAGGAGACUAGCCUACUUUGUGGCAGCAGUAAUCGGCCACAACAGUUACAAGUAACGCAGCAGUCAGCACAACAACAACCACAGGUUCAGGAACAACAGCUACUAGUUCAACAACAGACACAACAACAACUACAGAUUCAACAUCAAAUACAACAACAGCUACAAGUUCAACAAGAAACGCAACAACAACUACAGGUUCCACAAGAAACGCAACAACAACUACAGGUUCAACAACAAACGCAACAUAACAUGCAACUACAUCAGCAACCAGAACAACCGCCAGCAGUGAUCACGUUAAGUAGCAGCCCAUCGAUGCAAAUGCCCCUAACUGGAACGACUUCUACCUCUGCAGUCACAGCGCAGAUUCCACUCGGAUCUUCUGGAUCCAUCGGAACUACCGUUCCUGCGGCUAUUGUCUACUCUGCAUGUUCUCAAAUUCCGAGGCUGGUUCCUCGCAACGUUUUCACCACAAGGAUCCCCAAAGUAAAUAUGCCAGAUGAAUUUGCGAAUGUGGUUACUGAAACUGUAACCUCAAACGAAAUUUGCGAAACAUCAUCUGUCAUGGAAGUUACUAAGACGCAUGAUCAGGAAACCCUGGAGGAAGGCCCCAGCGCCAAGUCUAAUCUCAUAUGCCCAGAGGGCGAUAUCGAAUUGUUAUCCUUCGAACCAGAGGCUAAUAACAGUGAUCCUCCUGAAAAAGAUAUGUCUGUCGAGCGCGCUGUAGGAGCUUGUGUACGUGCUUUAGUUGAUCAGGUAGCACGACCUCCACAAAGUUCGGCCGUUAGGCCUCGUGCACCGUAUGUCUCGAUCUUGAGAAACCCAAAUGACCCAAAUGCCCCAGCCAAAUACAACCUUGUGGUACCUCGUCACCUAUUGCGCCCUGGACAACGCAUUGUGUUAAAGGCUGCUACGUGUGGUCCAAAAUCGUCAGCGCCGACUGUGCAAAUUAUUGAACCAUUUAGAACUGUGGAUGCUAGAAUACCAUCGCCAACAUCCCCAGGAACGAUAGGGGUAUCUCGGCAAUUUUCCAUUACGAAUCCCAUAACGACCCUGGGAGGACAAGUUAUCAACAUUAACAAAAGGCCUGUGGUAUCUAGUGCGCCAACGAUCUCCGUAAGGCCACAAAUCUCCAUGUUACCUAAUCAAGGACACAUAAUUCAAGGACAGCCCCAAAUUAUUGAAAUAGCUGGAAGCAACAUUGGAGACAUUGUCCAGUUUUCAUCCACGGCCAAAAAAACACGUUCUAGUGAUUAGGAAUUAAGCAAGGAUAACAUUGCCUGUUAAUUCAGGACUGAAUAUAGCGCGUGUUGUGUAAAGAAAAGAAAAAUACGUUGUGAUUUGUGCAUAUAUGUAUUUAUAGUUCCUUUGUUACAGUUUGCAGUUUCCCUGCGAUUAAUAUUAGCUAAAUCGACACACCGUAUGUAAACCUAAUUUUAUAAUCAUAUUGCAAAAGGAAUGAUAGAAGGUCAGUAUUGGUAAGUAAAAUAUGUACAAUUAUGAUUAUCUCGAUGCAAGCAUAGGUCAGCUUCAAUAGUGAGCACGAACACUGAACAUAAUAGUUAUCUACUGCUGAAUUGGGAUGCUAGCCUUAAAUGUAAAUAGUCCGAAACUCAUUAUUUAUGUUGGACAAAUUCCAGUAACAGUUAUAUCAUCUCUGAUCUACCUAAGAUGAGCUAUAUAUAACCUUAUGAUAAAAUGUAGGGUGUACGUAUGCGAUAGCUAGUGCGAUAACUAAUAAAAUCAAUUUGCUGUAUCGUAAUGUGAAAUGAUUCGAAUGGUGUAUCGUAGCAAUAUGACAUCGUUUUCUCGUAUAACUGAACAAUUCGCUGUGUAUAUCGUCAGCUCGUUCGACAUAUAAGCUGAUAUACGUUGUUUCUUAUAUGCUUAGUACACUGUAACUAUAUACAUACACAAUCGUACACAUACUAUCCUUAUGAAUUAUGUAUCGGUUUUGAAACAAUGAUAUACCGAAAUAAACAAUACAGUAAUCGUUGAACUAAA